AUGGUUUUCUUUGUGGCCUUAAAGCAGAUAGCAGAAGUUGAAUCAGAGGAAUUGUACAAGAUGUUUAAGAUUGAGUUUGAUAAAUUGCUAAUAGGGUCACUUUCUCUGCCUAUUUACAUACCCGGCACGAAUUACUAUCGAGGAUUUAAGGGCAGGGGAAAUAUAGUCAAGAUUUUGACAGAAUUGAUCGAAAAAAGAAGGGCCUCACGAGCAAAUAAUCACGAUGACUUGCUAGAACUUUUGUUACGAGAAAUGGACGCGAAAAAUGCGUUAAACGAUGUAGAAAUUAUCGAUCAAAUAAUCACGAUAUUGUACUCGGGUUGCGAAACUGUAUCCACAACUUUGAUGAUGGCUGUCAAGUAUUUGCAUGAUCAUCAAGAAGCUCUACAAGAACUAAGGGUUAAAGAUUAA